AUAAAUAAAUUAUCUAACACAAAAAUAAAAUUCAUCCAAUAAUAAUGAGUUACAUAAAAUUUCUGUUGGAGUGACAUCGAAAAAAAAAACACAAAAUAUUUUUUUAAAAAACAUAAAAUUUAAAUAAUCGACAAAAAAUGGUUGUACCCACCAUGGAAACCCUGCCGAGGGUUCCCGACACCCACGGAGACAGCGUGGACGAAAAGUUAUUUUCCGACUUAUAUAUAAGGACUAGUUGGUUCGAUGCCUCCAUAGCACUAGAUCAAAUUGAAAAGGGCAAAGCACGAGGGAGACGCUCCGCCGUGUAUAUGCGAUCAGUAUUUCAAUCACAUUUAUAUAAUUUAGGAUGUUCCAUACAAAAGCAUGCGGGCAAAGUAUUAUUUGUAGCAAUAUUAGUCUUAGGUUCAUUUUGUGUCGGUCUGAAGAGUGCAACUGUGCAUUCCAAAGUGCAUCAACUAUGGAUACAAGAAGGCGGACGACUAGAGGAGGAAUUAAAGUACACACAAAAGUCAUUAGGCGAAACAGAUUCAUCGACGCAUCAAUUACUAAUACAGACACCGCACGAUCCCGACGCAUCAGUAUUACAUCCGCAAGCAUUAUUGACACACUUGGAUGUCUUGAAGCAGGCAAUUUCCGUUUCGAUUUACAUGUAUGACAUACAGUGGAGCUUGAAGGACAUGUGCUAUUCGCCCAACAUUCCGAGUUUCGAGUCGCAUUACAUCGAGCAGAUUUUCGAGAAUGUGAUACCGUGCGCGAUAAUUACGCCGCUCGAUUGUUUCUGGGAAGGCAGCAAAUUGCUGGGACCUGAAUAUCCAGCUCAUAUACCUGGCUUAAAGGAAAAAGUACAAUGGACGAGUCUCAAUCCCCAAUCGCUACUCCGACAAAUCAAAACAAUGGACUACCAAUUUCCCUUUGACACGCUCGAGCAAUAUAUGAAACGUGCUGGCAUCUCAACGGGCUACAUGGAAAAGCCCUGUCUCAACCCAAAAGACCCACAAUGUCCAUCCAGCGCUCCAAACAAGCAAAAUUUAUCGCCUCCUGACAUCGGUGCUUCACUCACGGGCGGCUGUUAUGGCUUCGCCUCGAAAUACAUGCACUGGCCCGAGGAACUUGUCGUUGGAGGAGUCACGCGAAAUCGCACACGUCACGUCAAAAAAGCAAAAGCCCUGCAAACGGUCAUUCAAUUGAUGGGCGAACGCGAGAUGUACGAUUACUGGAUGGAUCAUUACAAAGUUCACCACAUUGGAUGGAGUCCGGAGAAAGCUGCGGAAAUUUUGAAUGCGUGGCAGAAGAAAUUCUCGCUUGAGGUGCACAAAAUUAUGCAUGCACAAAUCGCAUCGAACGCUUAUGACGUAUUUGCCUUUUCCUCGGCUGCCUUGGACGAUAUUUUGGGAAAAUAUUCGAAUCCGAAUCCAAUUAGUUUGGGAAUUGGUGUCGCGGCGAUUUUAUUGUACACGGGCUUUGUUUUGUACCGCUUCAAGGAUAAAGUGAAUAGUCAAUCGGGAGUCGGAAUUGCUGGAGUAAUCUUAAUUGGAAUCACAACAGCAGCUGGACUUGGUUUUUGUGCGCUUUUGGGUAUCGCUUUUAACGCGGCAACCACUCAAGUUGUGCCUUUCCUCGCUUUGGGCCUCGGAGUCGAUCACAUUUUCAUCCUAACUCAUGCCUAUGCCGAAAAAGAUAACAACGACCAAGCGGGACAAGUACUCAAAAAAGCCGGUUUGAGCGUUUUAUUCAGCGCUGCCUCAACUGCGGGAGCAUUUUUCACCGCAGCACUCAUCCCAGUACCAGCUCUUCGUGUCUUUUGCUUGCAAGCUGCCAUUUUGCUGAUGUUCAAUCUCGCUGCGGUGCUUCUUAUCUUCCCUGCCAUGGUGUCACUCGACUUGAGACGACGUCGCGCCAAGCGUUCUGACAUUUUCUGCUGUUGUCUGCCAGCUUUAAACAUUCAUCAGAUGGAAAGUGCGCAACGUGGCGGCAAUCAACAAGACGAAUCGCUCAUCGGAUGCGCCGAAAAGGAUUGUCUCAGUUUCUCGUUGACAAAAUUCGCUGGAAAAUAUUAUGCGCCAUUCAUUACAAAAGGUCCCGUUAAGGCACUUUCGAUGCUUUUGUACAUCGGAGUCGUCGCAUGCUCGCUUUUCGCCGCGAUGAACCUGCCCGACGGCUUGGAACUCACGGAUUUGGUGCCCCAGAGCACGGACGAGCACAAAUUUCUCAAUGUCCAGGGCAAACUUUUCGGGUUCUACAGCAUGUAUGCCGUGACGCAGGGCGACUUUGAAUACCCGACGAACCAAAAACUGCUGCACGAGUACCACGAAGCCUUUGUUCGCGUGCCGCACGUCAUCAAGAACGACAAUGGCGGUCUGCCGGAAUUCUGGUUAAGUUUGUUCCGUGACUGGUUGAUUAACUUGCAAAAGGCAUUCGAUCGCAAUUAUCGCGAAGGUCGCAUCACGCAAGAACGCUGGUACGCAAAUGCCAGUGACGAUGCCAUUCUUGCCUAUAAAUUGCUCGUGCAAACCGGGCAUGUCGAUAACCCGAUUGACAAAAGUCUUGUGACGCAAAAUCGCCUUGUCGACUCGGAAGGAAUCAUUAAUCCGAAAGCUUUUUAUAAUUAUUUGUCGGCUUGGGCGUGGAAUGAUGCCUUAGCUUAUGGGGCAUCGCAGGGCAACUUGAGACCUGUGCCACGCGAAUAUUUCCACUCGCCCAACGAAUACGAACUGAAAAUCCCCAAAAGUGCACCGCUGACAUACUCACAACUGCCAUAUUACUUGCACGGAUUGAGCGAUACGACAGAGAUCAAAACGCUGAUUGGACAAAUUCGGGAGUUGAGCGAACGAUUUGAAGCACGUGGGCUUCCCAACUAUCCUUCUGGAAUUCCAUUUUUAUUCUGGGAACAAUACAUGAGUCUCCGUCCUUGCCUGUUGAAAGCGCUUGCUUUUGCGCUCAUUGCUGCCUUUUCGUUAGUUGGAUCGCUGCUUUUGUCUGUGUGGGCUGCCUUGUUGAUUGUUUUCAGUGCAGUCACGAUGCUGAUUCAACUGUUGGGCGUAAUGAUCAUUUUGGGCAUCAAGUUGUCGGCGAUUCCCGCAGUAAUCUUAGUUGCCAGUGUUGGUAUUGGCAUUUGCUUUACUGUUCACAUUUCAUUGGGCUUCAUAACUGCCAUUGGAAAUCGUGAUCGCCGCAUUCGUCUCGCACUCGAGCACUCAUUGGCUCCCGUCAUCCAUGGCGUACUGACAUCCACGCUAGCUGUCCUCAUGCUGUCGACAUCUCCCUUCGAGUUUGUCGUGCGUCACUUUUUGUGGCUGCUGCUCUCUGUAAUGCUAAUUGGUGCCGUAAACGGUCUCUACUUCUUCCCCAUCCUCCUGAGUCUCGUGGGACCGGGUGCCGAAGUAAUUCCGCUGCAAUACGCAAACCGCAUAUCGACUCCGUCCCCACCGCCAAAGAGAAUUAACAAACAAUAUUUAAAUAAACCAUUGAUUGUAAAUGCCAAACGAAGUUCCUCCUCAUCAUCCUCACGUUCAUGCAAUAAAUCACAUCAUUAUCAUAGUAAAAAUACAAAUGUACAUAAUAACGAGCCAUCACUCACCACAAUUACCGAAGAGCCACAAUCAUGGAAGAGUUCCGUGUCGUCAAUCGCAUCGGCCAACGACAACAACAACUACGGUGGCAUCGAUAUGGGCACGCAACGUGCCAGUCCCGAGCUGCAAAGUAUCGUCUUGCAGCCCGAAGUCACGGUCGAAACGCAUCAGAAUGGCGACAUGAAUGGCGGCACCAAAGUUACCGCCACCGCCAACAUCAAAGUCGAACUUGUGACGCCGGGACGUGCCACUUCCACAAGUAACUCAUCACGCACAAAGUAUUCUAGUUAACACGUAGACCUUACUUAGUAGAGAACUUUUGUACAUAGCCCGUUUUACACUGGAAAAUAAAACACGAAAACUCCCUUACUAAACUUAAUUAGCGCACUAAGAAAAAAACACAAAGAAAAAUUGUAAAGACUUUAUCUUCUAAACGUAUUCGGUUA